AACUCUUCCAGCACCCACCCACACCCCAAACACAGCACCACAAUGCCCCUCUACUUCGUGUACGCCCCCGACGCGCCCAACCGCAUCGAGAACCGCCUCAAGGUCCGCGCGGAGCACUUUGCCGGCUUUGGCGCGCUCAUCAAGUCUGGCAACGCGGUCUGGGGCCAGGGCAUCGUCGACACCGACGCCGAGACGCACAAGGGCGGUGCGGAGCGCGCGGCCGACUUUGACCAGGUGCAGCACCUCAACGGCUCGGGGCUGCUGUACCGCUUCGACACGAUCGAGGAGGCGUGGGAGCGCGUCAAGGCCGACGUGUACUGGACCGGCGAUGUCUGGGACAAGGACAAGGUCGUGGUCCGCGAGAUGAUUGGUAUCCCGGCCGACGCGACGCUCAAGAUCGCGCAGUAGCAAGUGAGAAGGAAGGGAAGGGAUAGCUUUGGAGAGGCAGGCAGACAGGCAGGGAGCACCUAUGCAG